ACGCCUAUACGGGCCUAUACCUUGACCAGCCAUGGCAGCAGCACCACCGUGGAAGAAACCACGCAAUGCAGGGCCAGUGGUUUGGUGGAUGCGGAAUGACUUACGCCUUCAGGAUAAUCCCGUGGUCCGUGCAGCCGUGGCCGAAGCGCUGACGGAUCAACGCCCGUUGUUACCGGUCUUUAUCUUCGACCCACGUUUCCUGGAUCGCUCAUUCUACGGGCGAGUCACUGACCCGGACUUCAAAAAGUCGAUUUCCACUCGCAAACCCGUGGACUUCGGUGGUCGCAAGACCUGUGCCUUGCGUGCGCUCUUUUGGCUUCGCUGCGUGCGUGCCAUGAGUGAUGCCAUUGCUGCCAAGGGCGGACGCUUGCUGGUGUGCCAUGGCAAACCAGAAGACGUCCUUGCCCCUUUGCCUGCGGGUUCACUGGUGGUGUGUCAAAGCGAACCUGUUUCUCCCGAGCAGACCGAUGUUGAGGACAAGGUUGAGGAGGUGUUGUCGAAGACGCACGGUGAACUUUGGAGGAAGUGGGGAGCGAUGGGCCUUUAUCAUCGCAAGGACUUGCCGUUCCCUGUGAAUGGAGGGCCAGGGAACUACACAGAGCUCUGUUUGACCAUGGGCUGGGAGGACCUCUGGCGUUCCCCUGGCCGCACGGCAGAUGCUGCCCGCAUUCGUGUUCCUGUGGCUGCACCGGAUGCAUGGCCACAGGGGCUGGCGGCUGUUGAUCUUCCGGGACUCAUGUCGGAUCAAGUUCUGCGGGAUGAUCGGGAAGCACUGAAAUUCUUGGGUUACAGUGCAGAAGAGAUCGAAGAGGCGAUGUCCCAGGAGUUGCCGGAGGCUGGUGAAGCCGCAGCGCAGAAGAGCUUGGAGAAGUGGCUCCGGGAGCAAAACGAAGAACCCAAGGACCUCCAUGAACCGGUCUUGUGGGAUUUGCCCACAGGCGGCGGCGGUGCUAAGGGUCACGACGCCCUGCAAUGGGCGAAUUUGGCGAAACCGGAUGGCUGGCUACGAAUUUCGCACUACAUGGCCGUGGGAUGCAUCUCUGCCAGGGAGAUCUUCGCCCGUGCCGAAGAGUCCCGCAACUUCAACGGCGUUGCUCAUCGUUUACUUUGGCGUGAACUUCACCGAUUGAAUGCCAUCAGGUGGGGCCGGCGACUCUUUUGGUUGCAGGGCCCAGGACGUGUGGAGAGACCUUGGUCUUGGGAUAUGAAGCUGGUGGAGGCAUGGAAGGCGGGCCUCACUGGAGUUCCUUACAUCGAUGCCUGCAUGCGGGAACUCAAGCAGACCGGAUGGUUGGCCUACAAAGGUCGCAAGACAGUUGGUUUUUAUUUCGUUUUCAUUCUUGGCUUAGAUUGGCGCAUUGGCGCUUUCCAUUUCGAAGAUGUCUUGUUGGACUAUGACGUGGCCAUGAACUAUGGGAAUUGGGUCGUGGUGUCAGAGGUGGAUAAGAGCAGCCGUGGCGCACACGGUUUCAAGACUGUGGAGGAUCUUGCUGCAUGGAAGAUGGAGGAGUUUGAAUGGAAGCUCAGUGCGGAGAAGAAGAAUGACACUUCGGGGGACUAUCUGCGUCGAUGGCUUCCUGAACUUCAGAAGUUGGACGCCAAGCACAUCCACGAGCCCUGGGCCAUGUCAGAGGAGCUGAUGACCCGCUGUGGCUGUGUGCUGGGGCGGGACUAUCCGAUGCCGCUUGGGGGGCCUUUCAGGAUGAGAGAGGAAGUGUCGGAAGAAGAGGAACGUCGCUUUCAUCCGAACGACUCUUCCGGAAACCGCUAUACGUACAAAGAAUUCAUCGACUUCGCUAUGAAGAAGGGCUAUGAUGCAAAUUUUGGGAAGAAGUGCUGGGAGGAGGCGCAGCCAAUUAGCGUUCUACAGGAAGAGAAUCAGCAGCUUCGGCAACAGCUGCAGGCUGCGGAGCAUCAACUUCGCAGCUUGCAGAGUGCCUGAGUCAAGUGCAUUUGGCAUUUGGUGUUUAGCGCAGACAACGACAGAUCUUGGCAGAUCUCCUGGCGGGCGAGCGAAUCUUUUUUUAAGUGGAGAUGCCGAGAGUCACCGAGAGUCAGUCAUACUCC